CGAAUUAGUCUCUAAUUAAUUAUAAAUGGGAAAGACCGAACCAUUGAUUGAUUCCCUCCGAUCGAUCCACAAAGCAAGCAAUGGAGCGGCGGCUGCUUUUCUGGUGGCUGCUUGUGGCUUACGCCGGCGGUUCGUUAAGUCCUCUAACUCUGCUGGCUCAUGCCUCCUCCAGCAUCUUCAUCUUGGCCGGACAAAGCAACAUGUCCGGCCGAGGCGGCGUUGUCAACGACACCUGGGACGGCAACGUGCCGCCUGAGUCCGGGCCUAACCCCUCUGUCCUCCGCCUGAGCGCCGCCCUGACAUGGGUGGCGGCCGCCGAGCCCCUCCACAAGGAUAUCGACGUCCACAGAAUUUGCGGGGUCGGGCCUGGCAUGGCAUUCGCCAACGCAGUUCUGGCCCAGGAGUCUAGGUUCGGGCGGGUGGGCCUGGUGCCUUGCGCAGUCGGAGGGACUACUAUAAGCGAGUGGGGCCGAGGGGGUUUCCUGUACAACGAGACGGUGAGUAGGGCCGCCGCCGCCGUGCAAGGGGGAGGGACAAUCCGGGCUGUGCUGUGGUACCAAGGCGAGAGUGACACGUCUCACCACGAGGAUGCCAAGCUGUAUAAGAAGAGAUUGGAGACAUUUUUUGUUGAUCUCCGCUCUGAUCUACAGUCUCCGAUGCUGCCAAUAAUUCAGGUGGCAUUAGCUUCGGGGAGCGGACAAUACGUUGAGACAGUAAGAAAAGCCCAGUUGGAAACAAGGCUGCCGAACGUGAGAUGUGUUGAUGCAAAGGGCCUCGGCCUGGAGCCCGAUGACUUGCACCUCACGACACCGGCCCAAGUUCAGCUAGGCCGUAUGUUGGCCGAGGAGUUCCUCGGCGGCCCAGCGGACGCCAGCAAGCCGGACGCCAGCCCAGUCCAAAGUAACGCUCCCAAACAACCCCGCAGCCUACUAAAAUAUUGUUCCUUCGCCAUAUUGAUCAUUUGCAUCAUUUGAAUUACAUAAUAAUUCAUUAUUGUCUUGUCUUAACGCUACUUGUAGAAGCCGAAAUUUAACUCAUACUUCUUGUGGUUUAAAUUAUCCUUAGAUAUCUUUGGUAGCUUACUUUCA